AUGCAAACACUCGUCGGAACUGUAACAUCACCUUCGGUCGAUCAAUUUGAACAUCUGAACGAUGAGUAUCCAAAUACUCUCGUUUGUCUUUGUUCACAAACCAAUAUUCGCUAUGAUCAAUUUAUGUUAUUCGAUCCACUUUAUCAUCAAGUGUGUUCAAGUCAAUUUAUCUCUCAACAAUUCAUUUCAACACUGUUCAGCAUACAUAUGUCUGGAUUUUCACCACUAGAUUUUCGUCUGAUGGCUAUGUCUCAGGUUCAGAUCUUAGCAUUGUUGUGUCAAACAACGGCAUGGACUAUUAGUAGUGCUCUGAAUCAAUUUCUGACACAACAAAUGGUUACCAGUCAAGCUCUAUCACGUGAAGUAUUCGAGGCUGAAGUUGAAGCACUUGUCGAACAAAUGCAAACGACAACAAUAGCAAAUAUGAAAUACAUCGAUCAGCUGGUGUCCCUGGUUAUUCUCAACAAUGGAAUUAUGACAGCUUUGAAUACCAAUCGUUAUCUCGUUCAGAAUCCAGCAACAUCAACUUACUAUGCUCAGCACGGACGUUACCUAGUUGGGAAUUAUAGUAUCAGUAACACCGCGAGUGAUAGCUAUUGCGAUUGCCAGCUCUACUCAGACUGCACUUUUCAAGCUGGUUAUUACAACUAUUCUAUUCGUCCUGGAGCGCAACAGAAUAGCGAAUAUAUACCCUCGCCACCGCCAAUGUUUAUCGUGCCUGGUAUGAUGGUUGGAUGUCUGCCUCAUGAUUCAAUGCUCCAAUCGACACUGGAGUGUUUUUAUAAUCGUUCAUGUCUCGAUCUCAUUGGUAUCUCGCAAGCAAUCAUCCCACUCAAUGCGACUGUUUCGUCUCGCUUUCAAGUCAAUACAACCGUAAAUACUAUGUUCGAACAACUCUUCGUCGAAACAUGGCAAAAUUCGAGUAAUUUCACUAGUUACUACAAUGCAUGCCAUCCAAAAGCAUGCUCCUACACUUAUACACAACGUGGUAACUUUCUUUAUGCAAUGACGAUGCUGCUUGGUCUCAUCGGAGGUCUCACAACAAUACUUGGUAUUUUCAUUCCUCUACUCGUACAAUUCUUUCGUCGUUUACUACUUAAAUGCCGAGGUGAAGCAAUUCCUACAAUAGAAAAUGAUCCUGCAGGUAGGCAACGUUUUUACUUUUUCCGUUUUGUUUCGUUCUCACGAAAUGAUACUAACGAAUUGUCUAAUUUACUGUUUUUCUAA